AUGAUUGAGUUUCGCCGUAAUACCCAUGUUUGUGUGUGUGAUUUCUUCCCACGCCCACUCACUGGUUUCGAACCAGUUGCUUUCCGUGAUAUCUUGGAUGGGUUGGUUGCUACUGAGUAUUUGGUUGACGUCAUAGGUAAAAUAGUUGGGGUCAGCAUUUUGGAGAUUGUUUCUCUCAAUGGAAAAGACACUGAAAAGAUAACACUGGAGCUCAAGAAUCAGUUUUCUGAUCGCCUCACGGUUCAUCUGUGGGGUAAAUAUGUUAUCUUUCUACAUGAUGCUACUCAAAACCUCAUCCAGGAGAAGUCUAUUAUAUGCGUUCAGCGAUUUGGCAAGCUCAGUGUGUUGAAAGAUAGUGUAUGUAUGGUUAACGGUAAAUGUUCAAAGAUGUUUCCGAAACCUCUCAACAUCAGGACAUCGAUUGACACAAAUGGAUUCCCAGCUUACAUGCGUCGGCUUGAUGGUAGGUUUAUUGAGAAAAAUGGAAUCAGAUUAGACAAUGGUCAUGUUGUACCAUACAACAGAGAGCUCAUGCUUCGAUACUGCGCGCAUAUGAAUGUCGAGUGGUGCGUCCAAACACGGGCUGUUAAGUAUCUGUUCAAGUAUAUCCAUAAGGGACCUGAUUAUGCUUCAGCUGCAAUGGAUAGAGAAGAUGAAGAUGGCAUCAUUGACGAAAUCAAAACAUAUUACGACUGCAUAUAUAUUACUGCAUACGAGUCGUCGUGGCGGAUUCUUGCUUUUCCUACCCAUUAUCGUACUACUUCUGUUGAGAAACUUGGAUUUCAUCUUCCGGAUCAGGAGAUGGUGUAUUACGAUGAAGAUGAACCUAUAGAGAGUGUUCUCAACAAAAAGACGGUCAACCAAUCCAUGUUUCUUGCCUGGUUCAAAGCAAACAGAAAAUACCCAGAGGAGACUACUUGGGAGUAUCUUACCGAAGAUGUCCUUUACAAGAAGCGGAGAGAAACGGGACAACUUGAUAUGAACUUGACCAUAGAGCAGAUCAAAAAUAUUGCUCUUACUGAGAUUGAAAAUUAUUUGCUCAGCAAUGGUCGUAGCCUCAAAAAAUGGAAGCACAUGCCAAACCCAGAAGAUUUUGGCUGUUACAACGGCAAUCGCCUUAUAGAUGAUGAGCUUAAAUAUGUUGUGGAAGAUCAGCUUAAGGAAAAUGAAAGACUCAUGGCGAUGAUAACAGAUGAGCAAAGAGGAGUAUACAACCAGAUUUUGGAUGCAGUUUUAAAUGAUAGAGGUGGAGUGUUCUUUCUUUAUGGUUAUGGAGGCACAGGAAAAACCUUCGUAUACAGAGCACUCUCAUCAGCCAUCCAAUCUAGAGGUCUAAUUGUCCUAAAUACUGCAUCCAGUGGAAUCGUUGCAUUAUUGUUGGAAGGAGGUAGAACUGCACAUUCCAGAUUUGGUAUUCCGAUAGACGCAGAUGAAUUCGGUACUUGCAAGAAAAUGGAGCCAGGAUCAGAUCGUGCAGAACUGGUUAAAGCGGCAAAGCUAAUUGUAUGGGAUGAGGCGCCUAUGAUGAGCAGGCACUGUUUCGAGACUUUGGAUCGCAGUAUGCAUGAUAUUAUUAGAUCUUCUGAAGACAAGCCUUUUGGGGGUAAAGUUGUUGUUUUCGGUGGUGAUUUCAGACAGAUUUUACCGGUUAUACCUGGAGGAGGUAGAGCAGAGACUGUUUUGGCGGCUCUGAAUUCGUCAUAUCUUUGGGAGCACUGCAAAGUUUUGAAGCUAACAAAAAACAUGAGAUUGCUUGCUGGUCUUAGUGAUGAUGCAGCAAAAGAGCUUGAAUCUUUCUCAAAAUGGAUUUUGGAUAUUGGAGAUGAAAAAAUAAAUUUGCCUAACGACGGCCAAGUUGAGAUUGACAUCUCUACGGAUUUGCUGAUAACAAACAGUGGAGAAGAUCCUAUUCAAACUAUUGCAAAAGAGGUUUAUGGACAAUCUUUUCGGACGUCAACAGAUAAGGAUUUGUAUAGACAACGAGCCAUUCUGACUCCCACAAAUGAUGAAGUGGAUAAGAUAAAUGAUUACAUGCUUUCUCAGUUGCCAGAAAAUGAUUUAGAUGUAAUGCUUUCAAGUGAAGAGAAGGUUUACCUUAGCUCUGACAGCAUUAUUCCAUCUGAUGUUGACAUAGAAGAAAAUGUGGUAUAUCCUACAGAGUUUUUGAACAGUGUUAAAGUCGCUAGACUGCCUAGACACUGUUUAAAGCUUGGUGCUCCUAUCAUGUGUCUUCGUAACAUGGAUGUUAUGGAUGGCUUAUGCAAUGGUACUAGGCUGAUUGUUACUCAGUUAUUGCCCCAUGUGAUACAAGGUAGAAUUAUAACGGGCAACGAUAUUUCCGGAGAGGCAGUUUGGAUCCCGAGAAUGUUCGUCACACCACCUGACACAAAGUUUCUCUUUAGAAUGCGUCGAAGACAGUUUCCAGUUACAUUGGCUUUUGCGAUGACUAUCAAUAAAAGUCAAGGUCAAACGCUGGAAAAUGUUAGUUUGUUUCUACCUAGACCAGUGUUCUCUCAUGGCCAGUUAUACGUUGCACUUUCGAGAGUAAAGUCGAGAUCUGGAUUAAAAAUCCUAAUAACGGAUAAACAAGGGAAGCCGCAGACAAAGACAACGAAUGUUGUCUACAAACAAGUUUUGCAGAAUAUUUCAUAG